CACACACUUUUUUAUAUUUUCUUACCCAUUAUAGGCAGAGCGUUUUGUCAUUAUUUUUAAUUACUUGGUCUUUCAAUGGUUUUCUAAUACACACAAAAAUGUGUGACUAACAAACACGUAGUAAAUUGUUAAAUAAUUGUUUCCAUGUUUUUUUCUGAAUUUGUUGAAAAACAACUCAUGCUAGGUUUAUGCUUAAACACGCUCAACUUAUAUUUGAAAUUACAGUUAUAAAAUAUUACAGAAAAAUAUUUUAUAAGAAAAGUCUAGAGUUAUAUAGCAAAUGUUUUAAUAAAUGUUUAAAUAAACCAACUUAUUCCAAAAGGGUUAACAAUAGCAAGGCAUUUUUAGUAAUGACACGUCAAAUUAUCUUGUGAAGAUUAUAAAAUUGUAUAAUAAUACAAGCUCUAAUACACUUCCGAAAAACUACAAACGUUUAUUUUUUUGUAACUAAGGGUUGAUAUCUCUUAUAUUUUCUUAAAAGUACAAGGCGUUAACAGUGAUAUACACUUCGAAUUUCUGGUAUUUCAAUGUAGUAUUCAUUAAAAUAGUUUUCUCAGUUGAAAUGUCAGAUUGUUAUUUCCACACAAGAUGUCGCUGUAGACCGUGAGUUGGAGAUAUUGGCAUAUUAUUAAUACUCCGCCUAACGCAGAACAGGACAACAGAGCGUCACAUACUUCUGAGUUCAGCAGGCCUCGAGUAUUUUCCGUUUUAUUUCCGGCAUUGGAUUAAAUAAAAGCACUCUUUCAACUUAUUUUUUGAAUUUCCAGUAAAAAGAAGUGAUGGUUGUAUCGGAAAAUGCUCGCUCUGCCUGGAUGAAGGCUCUGAUGCUGCUUUGUUUAUGGGAUUUGUGUUACGGUCAGAUUUCCUACACGGUUUCAGAGGAGGCCAAGAAGGGAACCGUUGUUGGAAAUCUAGCGAAGGAUCUCAAUCUCAGUGUGCAGGAACUGGAAUCUCGCAUGUUUCAGCUUGUGACUGGAUCUAACGCCAAGUAUUUCGAGGUAAAUCGGAAAACCGGAAUAUUAUUAGUUAAUGACAGAAUAGACCGAGAGGAGCUGUGUGAAAGCAAAAUGAAAUGCCUACUGAAUGUCGAAGCGAUGAUCCACAAUCCUCACAAGCUCUACCGUCUUGAAAUUAAUAUACUAGACAUUAAUGAUAACUCUCCGGUGUUUCCUCGUCAAUCAGUUGCUUUGAAUAUUACUGAAAAUAUGCUUCCUGGAGAUCGUUUUUCAGUACCCACGGCGCGUGACAUGGACAUCGGUAGUAAUUCAGUGAAAACUUAUAAAAUGAAUUCUAAUGAAUAUUUUUCACUGGACAUGCAGAGUGAUUCGGCUGAGCUCGUGCUUCAGAAAUCUUUGGACCGAGAGAGAGAAUCGGUGAUCAAGCUCGUGUUGACUGCUGUAGACGGCGGGACUCCUCCCAGAUCUGGAACUAUGCAGAUAGUUAUCAAUGUGCUGGAUAUAAACGACAACAGCCCUGUUUUUACGAAGCCUCUUUACAAAGUAAAGGUCCAUGAGAAUGUAGCUGUAGGAAUUAAAAUCCUGAUGGUUUCCGCAGAAGAUGCUGACGAAGGGGUUAAUGGUGAAGUGUCAUACUUGAUUAUCGGUGAUGAGGAAAACUCAGCAAUAGACUUAUUCUCCAUAAAUCGUGUUUCUGGAGACAUUACUGUUGAAGCUAAUAUUGAUUAUGAGGAACAUCCUGCAGUUGAACUGCGAAUUCAGGCUCAGGACAAAGGACAUUCUCCAAGAAUGUCGAGAUGUAAAGUGUUAAUUGAAGUAGUGGAUGUGAAUGACAAUGCACCAGAGAUAUCAGUCACUCUUCUUAUGAGCUCUGUAAGCGAGGACAUCAAACCUGGUACAGAUGUUGCAUUAAUCACUGUAUCAGAUAAAGACAGUGGAACGAAUGGUAAAAUAGAUUGUAAAAUUCUAGCACCGAGUCCUUUUAAAUUACAACUAUCAUAUAAAAACUCUUACGCUCUUGUUGUGAAUGAAGCUCUGGACAGAGAGCGGGUCUCCCAAUAUAAUGUCACAGUUCUAGCUAAUGAUGAGGGAACUCCUUCCCUCUCGAGCAGUAACGUUAUAACAGUUCAUGUCUCUGAUGUGAAUGAUAACGCGCCUUUAUUCCCUGCACCGGUGAUAAAUUUUAGCGUGAAAGAGAAUAGUCCAGUAGGAGUGCUGAUGGCAUCACUAACGGCACUAGAUUUAGACAUCGGUGAAAAUGCCCUUGUUUCGUAUUCAUUAAUUCACGCAGAGGGCAGCAGAGUGUCAAAUCUGAUGAACAUUAACUUACACACCGGUGAACUGUACAGCCUGAAGUCUUUCGAUUACGAAGAAACCAAACGACUUCAGUUUAAAGUUCAAGCCACUGACUCUGGUGUCCCUCCACUAAGUAGUAACGUGACUGUGAACAUUUUUAUCCUGGAUGAAAAUGACAACAGUCCAGUUUUUCUCCCUCCUUAUUCUGAACCUGGAUCAGUAAACAGUGAGAACAUUCCCUACUCUGCUGAAGCGGGGCAUUUUGUGGCUAAAGUCAGAGCUGUAGACGCUGAUUCAGGUUAUAAUGCACUAUUAUCUUAUCACAUGACCGAACCAAAGGGAACGAAUCUCUUCCGAAUCGGAACCAGCACAGGAGAAAUAAGGACUAAAAGACGAAUGAGUGACAAUGACUUAAAAGCUCACCCGCUUAUCAUUACUGUCUCGGAUAAUGGAGAACCUUCACUGUCCACAACUAUGAGUAUUGAAGUUGUGGUUGUGGAAAAUAUGGACAGCGUGCAGCCUUCACUAAGACAAGUGCCAGUAAAGGAGGAGAAUUUUUCUAAUCUGAAUCUCUAUCUGCUCAUCGCUAUCGUCUCAGUGUCAGUGAUAUUUUUACUGAGCCUCAUCGCUUUAAUAGUAGCUAAAUGCUACGGGACAGACGGCGGUUUCAGCAGCUCCAGCGCUCCAGUGGUCACUACACACCCUGACGGGAGCUGGUCUUACUCUAAAUCCACUCAGCAGUAUGAUGUGUGUUUUAGUUCAGACACACUGAAGAGUGACGUAGUGGUUUUCCCUUCGCCGUUUCCGCCUGCAGACGCAGAGCUGAUCAGCAUUAAUGGAGGAGACACUUUUACUCGAAAUCAAACUCUUCCCAGCACUGGGAAGGUAAGACCAUGCUUAAUUUAGCCUCUUUCUAAUUUUUAAGCGUUUUAGUCUCUUGUUUACUCUGUUUUUUUUUGUUGUUGUUGUGUGUCAUUAAACCACUUGUGGCUUUGAUAGUAGCCUGCACAAAGUUUUCCAAUGGCACGUCCAUCUCACCUGAAUUUCAUCUGCUUUUACUCAUAAUUGUACGAGUUCUCUUAAAAUAGAUGAAGCUUGCUAUUUAGUUCUGCACAGUAUUGUUGUCGAUCUUCUGCGGCUCUGAAGUCAGUUGUCUAAUUCAUUAUGUCAGUUCUUAUAUGUUAAUUUUGACGGAGAGAAGUUUUUCCACAGGGUUUGUUGGGGUGAUAGUGUUGAAGUCAUGUAUUCAUGUCGGAUUUGCUUUUAAAAUAAAUAUAAGCAGAGUUUUAAAGAACGUUUGUCGGGUUUCUUCCUGUUUUGAAUUGAAAUCAGCACCACAGAGUUGGACAGCGACACGUGUCAUGACUUUACACGGUACUAUAUGGGAAAUAUUGCUGAGAAAAAGCUUCAAAAUAGAGCAAAUGAAGCAAAAGCAAGCGACACACAACGUAGCAAUUUAGGAACUUUUUUACUGACUUGGUGAAAGAUUUUUAAUAUUUAUAAGACAGUGUCCUGAUAGUGCAGGACAUUUUUGGCUUCUUCAGCCUGCACUGGCCCUGACAGCUAACAAACUUAAACUAUGAACUUAAUUAAGCAAUCUGUCUUGUAUUUUUAGAGAGAUUACAUAGCAGAACUCACGGAGACUGGAUUCAGAAGAAGCAGGUUUAUUCAGCAAUCAGCAAGACAGCAAAAUGAACCCAGCUGGACCCAGUCGGGCCCAGGGGUACACGCCAUAUGGAAAUAUAGCAUGCACCAAAAUACAAAACGUUUACAAUGUGUCUUAUAUAGAAUUAAAGCAUCCAUGUACAUUAGGGUGUGCCCUUAUCUUAAUUCUGCACACCUUUUUUUCACUUACGUCUUUCUAAUCG